AAAUAGACUUAGAUUUACGUUACAGCUUCAUUACUGUACAAUCAAUAUAACAUCGAGACUUAUUGUAAUUCGUGCAAUUUAAGUAUAUGGCAGUAGAAAAGCGAUUGGCAAUUAUAUAAUACGAAACAAACGACAACUUCACGUCAAAGCUGGUGUUAACGGCGCGUGUAGUUUUCCGCAGUGGUCUAUCCCCUGUUUUCAAUAUUUAACGUUGCAAAAUGUUACUACAUUAUUAUUUUUUUCCAUCGUAAAUGAUGUGGUGUAUGUGGUUUCUUUCUUAAAUUCCGUAUAAAUAAUAAUUUACAUCGAGCAGUGAACUGCGAUCUAACUUCAGCCUCACCUUAUCAAUCUCUAAGCGUAAGCGAUAAAGUGAGUUUUACCGAGUUGUACGUGCCAGCGUGAAGCGGAGUGGAAUUUGCGUGUGCGCGUGUUAGAUUCGGAAAAUGGGAAGCAACAGAAUUUCGGCGGUCGGUGCAUAAAAUCCGUGCGGCGUAAAAAACGUUGAUAAGGUAACACGAAGAUAAGUGUCGAGUUUACUGUGCUAUUGAUAACGUCUCGUGACGAAUCCAGCAGAAGAACUGUGGAACACGCACAACUGUCAUUCCGUAAUGGAUUUUAAAUAAAGUCGAUCAGUGCCAGUGCAUAUAAAGCACACAUACAUAUAUAUAUAUGUAUACCUAUGUAUACGUACACGUCUGAGGAAUCUCGUCGGCUAUAGGAUCUGCGGAAAAAAAUAUACCUGGACCCGUGGUCGAUUUUUAUCGGGACUGCUCAAGGUAGAGCCCCACUGUUCUCUCUUAUUUUUCCGGCUCCUUCCUCUGGCUGGAUUCACCCAUAGGAGGCGCUCCUAAUAAUCAGUACGAAGAAGAGCGUACGAGAAGAACGAUGUUGUAACUAACGGCCAAAAUGGAAGAGCAAAGUGUUCACAGCAGUAUCAGUGAUAUAAAUAGUGAAGAAGCAGUUAGAACUGAACCUGUGAUUAUACCAAGAAAGAAAAGGAUAUGUUUGAUUGGUGCAGCUGGGGAUGAUCCUGCACUUGGUGCCACUGCUCAGCAGUUUAGUGUACCUGUUCUGAAAUCUGCAACUGGUUUAGAAUACGUAGAAGACACGACGUACUGUACUUAUUUUAUAUUGAAAAGUUUCGAGGGACCUGAGUACGAUGCUCUUCACAAAAGUGCUCAUAGAAUAUUGGGACCGACCGCGCUCCUGCAGUUGGCAGAGAAAAAGGAGCCACUACCUAGUAUUAACAGACCAAUGUAUACACAAGCCAUGGUAGGGACGGUAGUAGUGUUUACUGGGUUUAGAAAAAAGGAUGAAUUGACCAAGUUAAUCAAUAUGAUUCACAACAUGGGUGGGAGUAUUAGAAAAGAAAUGGGCGCAAAAGUGACACAUCUUAUUGCUAAUUGUUGCGGUGGAGAUAAGUAUAGGUACGCUGUUACAUUUCGGGUCCCUAUUAUGUCGAUGGAGUGGGUAACAGCACUAUGGAAUGCCAAAGACAAUGUUUCCAGUUAUGGAAAUAAUGAGGAAUUGAUCACAAAUUAUAAGUUGAAACCAUUUUUCGGUGCAAGAGUCUGUUUUUUUGGUUUUCCUGAAGAAGAAAAGCGUCAUAUGUGUGAGGUUCUGCAACAACAAGGCGGAGAAUCUACGGACAUUGACGAUCCACAUUGUACUCAUGUGGUUGUUGACGAAUCAAACGUAAAUGCAUUACCAGAUUUAGCUUCUGUGAGAGCACAUAUUGUGAAAGCAGAAUGGUUCUGGACGUCUGUGCAAAACGAAGGUGCAGCUGAUGAGAAAGAAUAUCUGUUUGAAGAUUAUUUGGAGUCCGUUUUAUCACCAAAUGUAUCAGCUAGACGUGACAGUCAACAAGCUGCUACUCCAAGUACAGCGUCUACAAGACGAAAACGUAAACGCUUAGCAGAAACCAUAUCUAGUCUGGUUCAAAACGGUGCUGAUUCCCCGGCAUUACACAAGAGGCGAUCCAGCAUCAGCGAUGCAGGGCACCUCAGCGUCAGUGGAAGUUUCCUUGAUUGUACAACAAGCCCAGAUAAGCCAUUACUCGAUGAUAUUCCAGAAGUGGAAGCUGUUACUACAGAUAGCUCUAGGAAAAAUUUGUCACCGCGUCACCAAGUUUUUUUAGAAUUAGUACAAACGGAAUCGAAUUAUGUCGGUAUUCUCAGUACAAUUAUGACGUUGUUUAAGUCUCCGUUAGAAGAACUCAUAGAUACGAGCGGCGAGUUAUUAAAUUGUACGGAAGCUAAAAUUAUAUUUGGUAACUUCCCGCCGAUUUAUGAAGUGCAUAAAAAAAUGUUGGAAGAAUUAAAAUACAGUGCUACUCACUGGAUGGAGGACAUUAGCAUAGGUAAUAUAUUUCUGAAGUACGCACCUAAUCUACUCAAGGCGUAUCCACCGUAUGUCAACUUCUUCGAAAAUACUAAGGAGAUGCUCGACCAAUGUGAUCAAAAUAAACCACGAUUUCACGCUUUUCUGAAGGUUUGCCAGACGAAACCUGAAUGUGGUAGACAAAGCUUAAAGGAGCUAUUAAUUAAACCAGUACAAAGGUUACCCAGUAUUAGUUUGUUAUUAAAUGAUAUUCUUAAACACACAAACAAGAAUAAUCCAGAUCACAGUGCAUUGGAAUUGUCCAUUAGCAGUAUUAAAGAAGUUAUGACAUACAUAAACGAAGAUAAAAGGAAAACGGAAGGCCAAUUAGUUAUGUUCGACAUUUUCAACGAAAUUGACAAUUGCCCACCGCAUUUAGUUUCUUCACAUAGAUCAUUUAUCGGCAAAUGCGAUGUGAUGGAACUUGGCGAAGGUUUGAGUGGACGCGGUGAUCAUUUAGUUCUGUUUUUAUUUACUGAUACUCUUGAGAUAUGUAAGAAGAGGUCGAAGGCUUUUAACUCAUUGAAAAGCCCUAACACAGCAAAUGGAUUGCACACGAAUAAGUUAAGCCAGGGGAAACCGUAUAAACAUAUCAAAAUGUUAUCAUUAAGUACAAUAAAGAAGGUUGUGGAUAUUCGAGAAACUGAUGAAUGUCAUAAAGUGUUUGCUUUAAUGGUGAGGAGUAAUCAAGAGUUAAAAGAGAAAUUAUAUUCGUUUACGAUCACGGAUGAGGAAGUAAAUAAAACAAACUAUUUACGGACUUUGUGCAGACAAAUGGCCAAUACAGUGUGCAAAGCUGACGCAGAUACGUUCCUGAUAAGUCUUGACUCGCAUCAACUUGAGAUUGACACGAGCGAUGUAGCAUUAGGGACAUUAAGUAAAGCAUUUAAGAGCCUAUUUCAUAAUUUUUACCUGGAGUAUAUGGACCCGUAUGUGUUCCUACUCAAUAGCAUGUGUGAAACCACGUUACAUGUCCCACUACCGUUCGCCUCUAGAACAAGGAUGAAAGUCGGCAGGGCGUUCAGUUUUAAUAAAACUCCAAGUAAAUUGAAGAGAGCGAUGUCGACAAUGAUGUCGCCGUUUGGUUCAACCAACAGUCUUACCCCAGCAAGUCAACAGCUUGCACAAAUGCGGCUCGCUAGUUGCAACAAUAUUAACGAGCUGGGUAAUGGUGGUUCCGGCUCACCAUCUAGAGAUGAUGUUCUAGUAGCACCUAUGUCGGUUCAGCCGACAAGAAAGGCCAAAUGCAGUUCCCUCAGUAUGGCUUCGUUGAGAAGAAAUUGUUCAGAGGAGGUGAUGCAGGACAAAUCCGACCUUUGAAAUACAGGGCACGAACUAAACACUGUUUUUCUUUGACAUCGGUGAAAGAUCCAUGUAAAACAUAUUUAUAAACAUUGAUGCGAUCUUCGCAGUAUAAUCGAAAUAUCUUGACUUGUGUGCCAAUUGACUCAUACGAAAUUUCUCAAAGGAACGUACAUUGCCAGUUAUUUUUUAAGCAGCUUUAAAAACAUAUGUUAACUAUAUACUGUAUUUUAAUACCCAGUCAGUCGUCAAUUAUUGUGUACAACAUCUAAAUAACUCAAGAUUUUGUCUCAAAGAGGCAGAUCAAGUUGGAUAUAAAAUAAGGUAACGGACAUUUACAUUUCCAGUGAUAUAAUUGAGAAGUUCGUGGCAAAAACAAUACUCUUAAAAGAAAAUUACGAAAUUUGUACUCUUUAAUAUAAAUCAAUAAUAGUUGGCAAAUUAGCACCAUUUUAGUAAUGUAAUGAACACUUAAAAAAUGAUUUGAGUCUAUUUAAGAAUAUCUUUUCCGAGGAAAUAUAAAUGAUAGAGAAUUUGUUUGCUACGAAUUGCUCAAUCGAACAAAAGUUUGUACAUGUAUAAAUUUUAUAAGAAAUGAGAAUAUGAAUGUUAAUUUUUGUGCCAUUCAAUUUUGUUCUGCGAAACAUAUAGAACAACAUUGUAGUGCCUGUGGAAAAAUUAUGGAACGUGAAUUUAUUAUUUUAAAAUUAACUGCACAUUUCUUAUUCAAGCUUUAAAUCAACUUUCAUGCUUUCAAUCAUAGCCGUAACCCAUAUGAAUUUUUAUAAUAAAUUAUGAAUCUAUGAUCUGAGAAUGUUGUAUGGUAAUACAUCAUCGGAAACCGAAAUUCGAUUUGAAAGAAUUGUAGUUCUUAUUUUUUCAUUCAAAAAGCAUAAUGAGAUGAAGGUACAAAAGGAAAGGAAGAAUGUGCCGACAUCGAUGUACUCUCUUUAAAAGCAAAACUAUUAUAUCCACAAAAAGCCACGAUUUUGUUAGCAUUAUUUUAAUUAUACACUUACUAUAAUUGCUGACAUUAUAGAGACUUAGAUUACAGAGAUUUAUAAUUUGAAAUGAAAUUUCAAUGACGAAGUUAAUAAGCUAAUAAAAUUUAUUUUUUUAUGACAUACCUAGUGAAACGAGACCAAAAUUGCCCAAUUUUGUGAACAAUUUUAUUGAAACAAAAUAAUCAUAACAAUGCGAGGAAUCAAAUAAAAAUAUCUUUACACAGAAACUAUUGGCAAAUAAAUAUAAUUAUAUAGAUAUAAGACGAUGAACUAUUAAGAAUAUAGUUCUAUGAUACGUUCAUGUAUUAAAAAAAAUGAACAAAAAUUUAGGAUUAAUUCUUUGUCCUUGUGGAUGUAACAAUGUAUUGUACUGUACUCCUUGUAAUUUUUCUUCUCACAGUCAAUUAUGCCUUUUACUUCAUAAUGAAAAUCCAAAUAAUCAAUAAUAGUAGAAAUAAAUGGGUCAAUUAAAUUUUCCAAUAAAAAGCGAAAAGUUGCAAGGAAAGCAAAACAAAAAGUUUGUUAGUUCUUUACAAGGACUUCCUCAACAAAGUUCUUGCCUCGUUAGCUUUUGCGUAUAAUUGCCUCUUCGAAAACGUGCCUUUGCGUCAAAAUGACCAUUAAAGACGAACACCUCAACGUUCGAAAUAAGCCGAAAAAGCCAUUACAGAUAUUUUUGUUACUGUUUAGCACUCGAAGUGCAUUCAUGUGAAAAAUCACAGAAGCUCUGGUAGCAUCUCGUGCAACAAUUUUUAAUUUAUGAUAGGUUUUUUAGAAGUUCCGUUUCAUCCACUGUAUUAACAUUUGACUUUCUUUAAAUAUUUUGUGUAUUCUCGAUGAGUAUGAAUAUACGUAGAGCAUGGUAUAUGGACAAAUAAAUAAAUAAAUAAAAUAUUACAGAUCAUUCAAAUAUAAUAAUGUUAUAUGUGUUACAGAUCUACAACAAUAGUUCUCGAAAAUUGAUACAAAAUGCGAUUGAAUUUUUCGUUAGUUAUAAUAGUGAGGGUUUCGUCUAUUUAAAAUAGUUUAACGAUUAAAUCAACAAUUGUACGUUUUUCAUAGUUGUCUAUAAACCAUGCUGAACAUGUUCUGAUGUAUAAAAUACCGCACGCUUGAUAAUAGCUUAAUAUCUAUUUUAUAGGGGUAUAUGUGGACUCGAAUUUUAUGAGCCUUCUGUGUUUUAUCGUUUCAAAACGAGGGUAAUUCCGCUCAUUUUGAAGCAUUGUAAAUAUUACCGAUAAGUAGGUCGUAAAUGUAGUAUAGCGCAGAUAAUAUUUUUUACUAUACGUGUAAGAAUAUUGUAAUACUUUUAAUGUUACGUACAUAGUCAUUACUAUUUAUAUGAUACUGUAACUGAUUGUAUAAAUUUACUCUUUAUUAUGUAAACUAAAAA